GCAGGCCGCGAAACACAAACAUAUGCCAACCUUUCAUCUGCAUAUUGUCGCCUCCGUGUUUAUAAUGUGUGAAUAAAAUAACAUUUCAACUUUUCACGUUACGUUGCCGGUGUAUUUACGUAACAGGAGUGGAGUCCUCCAUGCUCUUUGGACUUGUUGCAACAAGUUCUGACAGAGGGAGAAAAACAGCGAUGUCACUGUGGAGCCAUCACACGGAACCGGGGAGGCUCAACCGGCCGGGGAGGACAACAUUGUGAAGUGCCACUUGGACCAUGUCACCGGAGGUGAAACCCCUGCUACACCAUCAGCGCCUUCAGCAGAAGAGUCUCCGAGUGAACCUAAAGCCUCUACGAGUCAAGCGUCACAGAGAUGCAGACCCAUGAAGUCAUACCUCCUCCUAACCAGCCUCCACCCAAAUCACCUGAUCACGGAGAUGACGGACUGCUGCUGGCAGAUGGAAGGCUUCUCGGGCUGCAGGAUGACAUCACAAAAAUCAAAUCUGACCUGGAAAACGCCCACGGGUGUAUCACACUCUUACUUACCCAAGUGGCCGAGAGGGACAAAGAGAUCGAUAAUCUGAAUCAUGCACUUCAUGGACCUCGUGAUGUCGUCUCUUUGGAGGAUCAGAACAAAAGCAAUAAGAAACUGAUCGCCUUUCUUAACAUUCAGAUCGAGAGCCUGCAAGAGAGCAAGAAGAGGCUGGAGCAGAAGCUGAAGGGACUGCAGCACAAGUCCUCCGCCGAAGUGGCCGACCUGUCCAUGAAGAACAACAAACUGUGUCGUGAGCUGAUGGAAAAAAAAAUCAUCAUGAAGCAAACCAAGAUGGAUAAGAAACAAGUGCUGGAUAUCGCCUACCGGAACUUGUCCGCUUCCAAAGAAGUCAUUAUAAGUCAACAGGAAGUUAUUAAAGAUUUGGAAGAUAACCUUGUAAAAAUAAGAGCGGAACUUCCAGAGACGAGUUCAAGUAGCUUAAUCACAUUGGAUCGGCUCGUUGACCUGGAAAAUGCCGUCCAGAACCUGAAGCGGGAGAAACUUGAGCUGCGUUCACAGCUCCAGACGUUGAGAGACAGCAUGUGGGAUGCGGAGCGGCGGUGGGACUUUCAGCCUGCGGAGCGGCUUCAGAGUGCAGAGACGGCGGCGGCGUCACAGCGGACGAAAGCAGCCUGCGCUUUAAGUCAACUGCAGGGAGCGCCAAAUAGCCGCGAGAGGGAGCCCACGGGCCUGCCAAAACAGCGGCACGACUCCCAAGAAUGCAUUGUCAGAGAGAACAUGAGGAUCCAAGAUGACCUGACCGCGAGGACUAGAGAGAAGCAAGCUGCACACGUCGGCAUGGAGGAAGUUCUGCGUGAGCGGGACGAGCUCAAACUGAGCAUGAACGCUUACAUCAGUGCAAUGUACAGGAUCGAUGACCUGCUGAGGACAAAGGAUCAGGAGAAUUUCGAGAUGGUGGAGCACUUGCAAGCGGCCCACGCUGAGCUGCAAAAGCGGGAGCGGGGGCUGCAGCAAUGGAAGGACCUCUUCAGUGCCAUUGGCGUGGAGCUGCGCAAAGCCCAGGAAGGGCAGGCGGCUCUCCUCGUCGACCUGGCCUGCGUCCGGGAGCUUUGCGCCAGACUGGACUCGGACAAGGAGCUCGCCGCGUGCGAGCUUACAUCCAAGAGCGUGGAGCUCGACACGGUUCGAUCGGAGACAGAGCUGCUGAAAAAGCAACUGGAGAGCGAGAAGGCGACCGUGCACAACCUUGAGACGCUCCUGGCCACCGCUCUUCAGAAGCUCAGCGACAGAGAGGCCAAGCUGAGGGCGCUACGAGACAGGCUCACCCCUGCUAACAAUAUGACCGGCGACUGCAACCACGCGAGGGAGGUGGCCAAUCCUCAAGUUCCUCAGCGACAGGCGAACGGCCAAACGAACGCCAGAUCGACCGGGGAGCAGUGAGCUACGCAGACGUGAGCUUCAGGGAUUGACUUCCAGUGAAGAGCACCACUCGAAGAACGCCUUCCAUAAAUGAAGCUUUAGACCUGCUGACUGGAACGUACUACAUUAGGGGAGCCUUAACUGGACAUUAAUGAGGCUGUUAAGUGUCUACAUUGUCAGUAAUGGUUAUACGGCUUCUUGGAAAAGGCGGCAGUGGCUCUGCCUAUUUGGACAUGGCUUUGGAUUCAAAUCGGGAAAAUGGGACUGGUUGCUGUAAACACUAGUUCAUUUCCUAAGCACAGGACAAUCAAAAGGAUUAUAUUUUAUAUGUAUUAUUUAUUUUUAGAUUUCCUCGCCUUUAUGAGUCCUCUCUCCCAUGUUUUUAAUGUUUACUGGUAGUAUGAUAGGAACUUCAAACCUGUGUGACGCUAAAGAGCAAGGCUCAUGCAGACAGCACAAACAAAGCAAUAGCGUCAAAUUCUUACACUGGAACCUUGGAAGUUGAACGCGAUUAUGGAGACAUUGAUUGAUUCCUCAAAGGGAAUAAUGUCAACCGAAUUCAUGUGUUCAAACUGUCGCCAUCUGAAAACUCAAGAAAACCCUUCUUACCUAUGUAUAAUGCGCAACAUCAAUUUGCUGCUGUCCAUAUGCUCAAAACGUAGUAUUAUCCAUAUUUUAUUAGGUUUUUCAAAGAACUAUUCUGCUCCGUGUGCAUGCGUGGACCUAAUUCUAUCGGGGUUUUUCAGGCCAUGCAUAAUGUCAAAAAGCUGAAUUGUUGCUUAAUAUCGCAGAACUGCAACCAAAAUGUAUUUGGGCAUCACUAAUUAUGCUCCCUUCCCCAUCUAAAAAAACCAGAAUGAAAUUCCUCAUUUUUUAUUUUGAUGGACGUUAAAAGAUUUCCUCUUCAUAUGCGCUCACUACAGAAACACCUGAACGUAGCUUAAUGUCACGAAACUGCCAGCAUUCGUCAACAAGAUGUAUGUGGGACAUCUCUACCCUCUUAAAAUACCAGAAAGAAAUGCCAAAUAUUUUGGAUGUUAUGGAUUUUUAUAUCAAUAAUGGGUCUGGGAAGAGGCCUUGAUUCUCAGGUGAGCUAAUAUGUAUACAUUUUUAACAUUAGACAUUAGAUAUCAUUUUGGAAUGAAAGUACACCUUUUUCACAACUUCUAGGUACUGGUAAGCAUAUGUGAAAGAUUAAUUUAUUUUUUUUCCAUUUUCCUUAUGCCCAUGUAUAGUGCACCCCAUC